GAGUCUCAGUGCGAAACCCAAGCUGAAACUGAAGGCCUCAAGCGAUCUGAUUAAAAGUGUCAAUACUGCACCCAAAGCAGCCGCGCCUACGAAAUCAAUCCCUAGUGUGCCGGAGGACGACCUACGCGAGCUGGAGCUUUCGGACGACGAAUCAGAGCACACUCACAGCGAAGGUGAGGAGGGCUCAGAGUCAGCCAGCCACAGCACAACACCGCCAACGGCGCAUACAAACUACGACGACCUCGACAGUGAUGAAGAGGAACGGGAGAGAGAGGAAAUUAUGCGCAGUCUCGAUGCUACCCUCGUAUCCGAGAGCGAACACGGCCCAUCAGAACCAGUAGCGCCACGGUUCAAAUCAGUGCACAAUCUGUCUGUGAGUGGGGAUGACAGGUCGACGCAUUCGUUGGAGGAGACCUCUGGUAGCCCCAAAGCUAAGCGCAAAAGAAAACCCAAGUCGACGCUUGGUUGGCAAGGCUUUGCAAGCUCCCAACAGGAUAUGAGGAACAUCUCUGACCCCGGUUAUGGGCGACAGGACUCAGAUUGCGUCGUGAGAACGUCUCUUCUGCUCGCGAAAUCGCAGCUCCGGCAGUUGUCGAGUGAACGUUUGAAGGAAAUCCACAGCGGAUUGACUGAAAACAUCGCAGAGAUGUGGAAGGCUUUCCACGCGCAGGAGGAGCUUAACUUCUACCUGCAAAGCAAGAACAAAGCACAUCAGGAAACCAUGGCCAAACUACUGGAAAUGAUGAACGAUAACACGCAAGAAUUGGCUUCCCAGGCACUGGCUCGUGAAGAGAGUUUAAGACAGGCCGAACUGGACAAACUCGAAAGCCUAAAAAUAGAAAACGAGAACAGUGAAAUCGCAAGUGGGGUUGAUGAGGAUAUAUAUGAGGCCAUGGACGAAGCUCACCAGAGCCCUUCAUGCGACGAAACAGAUGAGUUGACUAGUAGCGAUGUCCCUGCUGAUCAUGGAGUGUGUCCCAAUGAGGCAGACCUACCGGAAAUAUCUGUGGAGGCUGGCCAAGAUGAGGAGCCAGAGCUUACUUCAGAUGACGAUGUGGAAAGUGAAGAGGAAAUAGAGCCCGCACAACAGCAAGGGUUUCUGGCGCGGAUGUUCAGUGGACAACCGUAGUUGACGCUGAAUUAAAUGCAGCGGGAAUCACGUCAUGACACGUUACACAGAAGAAAUAUCUCGGGUCUACAAUGAGUAGAUCCGACACAUAGUAAUCAAUAUAUCAAAACUUGGGGUUGAACAGGCCCAUUCCA